UCAACGCAACGAUAUGAUGCGAAAACACGAACGUUAGUGAACGAUGGCGAUGCUAAAAUGCGGUAGAAAUCAUGUGAACAACAUUAAACAACAGUGUCUUUGAAUUGAAUAAAAACAAUAAUAAGCAAAUAAAUAUUAAUAAAACGUCACACAAUAAUAAUUGACAAUGACUCACUUUUGUAAUUACAAUUGAAAUAAUAAACUAAAUAAGUAUAAUUGGUCCCAGCACCGCCGGUUGAUAAAAUUAUAACCUGUGCAUCAGAAAACUCAAUGAAAUGGCGGUGGGUACAACAAAAGUUGUCCAAGUGACAAAUAUCGCUCCCCAGGCAACUAAAGACCAAAUGCAAACGUUAUUCGGUUAUCUAGGCAAGAUCGAAGACAUAAGAUUGUAUCCAACAAUACGUGAUGUUGCUGUUCCUGUCCAAUCACGCAUUUGUUACAUCAAAUUUCACGACCAAGGCAGCGUAGCAGUUGCCCAGCACAUGACCAACACCGUGUUCAUUGAUCGUGCUCUGAUCGUUAUUCCCUAUCAGAAUGGAGACAUUCCUGAUGAGCAGCGUGCUCUUGAGCUUACCAACAAUGGUACUGUAGUUCCAGGCCUGUAUCCUUCAGAACCAAAACUCCCAGCAAAUGUCGUCAAUUCAAUUGAUGGAAUUCCUCCGAAUCAUCUGAUAUCGACGAUAGAUCCAAAGCUGGACGCUCACGGAUUACCACCGUAUCCGCCUUUGCCAGGACACCUCGACAGUAGACGAAUUGAGGAAAUACGAAGGACACUAAUUGUCGCAAAUUUGGAUCCCUCUGUAUCAAAUGAUCAGUUGUUGGAAUUUUUCGGUAACAAUAAUAUAGAAAUAAAAUAUCUGAGACUCUGCACAAGAGACUCUGAUACUGAUCACUAUGCCCUGAUUGAACUCAAUGAGCAAGCUCAGGUAGUCACAGCUCUUAUGCUUAAUGGUAAGUUGAUUGCUGAUAAACCAAUUAAAUUAUACCACUCAAUGCAAGCGAUAUCUAAACCUGAAGCUAAAAGCAAUGAAGCAGCCCAGAAAGAAAUCGAGGAGGCAAUGUCGCGGGUCAAGGAAGCACACAACCUUAUAUCUGCUGCCAUUGAUCCCAUGAUUGGUAUGUUGUCAAAAGACAAACGCAGUCGCAGUGGAUCGCGCAGCAGAAAAUCAAGAUCACGGUCACGAGGCAGACGUCGCUCGAGGUCACGGAAACGUUCGCGGUCACGGCACAGGAGAUCCCGGUCCCGGCAUCGACGGCGCUCACGGUCGCGCUCUAAACGUCGGUCACGCUCCAAGGAUCGCAAGCGCAAGUCUCCGUCACGCAGACGCAGCAGUUCCCGCAGUCGGGCGCGCUCGCGGUCACGGUCCAGGAGAUCGCGGUCCCGGCGCUCGCGUUCGCGCUCGAAAGAUCGUAAGAAAAAAUCAUCGCCACGUAGACGAAGUCGCUCGCGGUCCCGCAGCAAAAGAUCCAAGUCCAAGUCCAGGCGGUCGAGGUCUAAAUCAAAAUCAAAGUCCUCCAAAUCCAAGUACUCGGAAAAGUCUCGUGAUAGAGAUAAGGACAAGGAUAAAGACAGAGAUAGGGACAAAGAAAGACGGAGUAAAGAUAAAUCUGACGGUAAUGGUAAAAAAGACAGCGACAGGGAUAGAGAUAGAGACAGAGAUCGGGAUAAAGAUCGCGAGAGAAGUGAGAAAAAAUCAAGCAGGGAUAAAAAAGCUGACAAAGAGUCUAAAGAGAGGUCUGAUGAUAAAUCAUCGUCACGCAGUGACAGUAAAGAAAAAAUAGAAUCGGAAAAUUGAAUUAUUCAUAUCGUUUUUUUUAAUUGAUGUGCAACAUGUUUGAUAUAACGUAAUGUUUUACAAUAAAAAAUUAACUUGAACAUUA